AUGAUUCACGAUAACUCUGAAGAGGAGGGCCGACGCUACUGCCAGCUUCGCUCAGGAGACGCAAGCGCAGACCCACUGCCCCGCUUUCCCUACGAGCCUCUCGAACCCCGCUGCAUCCGCAUCCUCGAGCUCCAGCCUGGUCGACGAUCAGAUUCCUUCCAGGGGAACUUCACUGAGGUCAACAUUGACAGUGGCUACAAAUUCGACGCGCUUUCGUACAUGUGGGGCGAUGCUACGCAGGCCGACCAAAUAGUCGUGGCCAGCACCGCUUCCGCUGCGCCCCGGAAAUCUGAAAGAAAGCGGUGGUGUGGCCUGAACCUGGUUUCUCGUUCCUCAUAUGAGUGUUGCCACAAGGCUUUCAUACCGAUCGCAUGGAAUCUGGCCCGGGCGUUAGAAUAUAUCCGCGACUCCCGAGGAUCUAGGCCACUAAGAAUAUGGGUCGACGCCAUAUGUAUCGAUCAGAAUAAUCUUAAUGAACGAGCUGAGCAAGUCGCUAUGAUGCGAGCUAUCUAUCGCAACGCAACAUGUGUGCGCAUCUGGAUCAAUGAACCAUCUCUCGACGAGAAGAGUGCGGCUGUAGCAGCUCUGAAACGCUUCAGACCCAAUGCAAAGAUGGAAAAUAAUGGGUUGGGCAAAGAUUAUGGGUUUUGGGGGCCUUUGAUCCCAAUGUUCCAGAACGACUAUUGGAGCCGUAUAUGGAUUGACCUGAAUCCGGGCAGACAGCAAGAAGUUCUCAACGCACGACGACUUACGCUACACUGCAUGAACGUUACCUUCAACGGUAUUGCUGUUGCAGAAUUUCAGGAAAUUGUAGUCGACAAGAUCGUCAGGUCCGUUGGUCAACUUAAUCACUCCGGUAACGAUGGCCUACUAGAGUUGAAAGGAAAUAUUUUCGGCCCGAGUGCUAUCGAGAUGUUUGCUAUUCAUGGCGAUCAGAGGCUGAAACAUGAUCUUGUCGUUCUCCUUACUAGGUCUGGUGGUAUGCAAGUAUCCAAGGGUCAUGAUCGCCUGUAUGCCCUCAUGCACCUGGCUGGAGACUACGAAGAAGGCAGCAUCACAGUCGAUUACAACAAGAAUGCACAGCAGGUCAUGGCAGACGCCGUGGUUUACCACAUUAAUCUGCAUCAGAAUCUCAACUUCCUGACCGAAAGCUUCCGAGACGGCGCUGAAGCGACAGCAAAUUCUAGACCAGAUGAGAAUAAUUGUUCUACGUGGAUCCCAGAGGAAUGGAUGGGACGUGAAACUGAAGGAAUUGGACUUUAUUUAGAAGAUUUUGAUGAUUCAGAAGCAGUUCAUGGUGGCGGAAUGAGACACACCGAAUGUCCUACAAACGCUGUCGAUAUCAAGAAUCUGCGAUUGAGCAUCCGAGGCAUGAAACUAGGCUGGGUACGGCGAUGCUUUACCUCUAGUACAUCUCUGUACACAACAGUGUCUGAGUUCUGGGCAUCUUCGCUCGGCGAAUAUUUACAGUUAUGUCUGGAGGACGCCAGCACUGUGUUGUCACAGGAACUCUCUCGUACUAUCAAUGAGGAAGUAGAUGGCCGAAAGCACGAUCAUGGUUGUAUUAGAGCUGGACUAUUGUAUUUCCUAGAACUUAGUAAAGCCCCAGAGAAGGCAGGCCGAGACUUCGGCUGGGCAGGAGAGGACGUAUUGGAUCUGUUGGCUCCUCUUGAGAACAGUAACCCUUCCGCUUGGUCUGCGCUUCGACAUGUUUUACGAGUAUUGCGCGGGCGAUAUUGUAUCGUAACCAACGAAGGAUACUUUGGCCGAGUACCGGAGUGUAACAUAAGAGAAGGGGAUGAGACUUGGUUAGUGCUUGGGUGUCCCCAACUGGUUGUUGUGCGAAGACAGCCUAGUGGGAGGUAUUGGCAUAUAUGCCCGGUCAGAGUACCUGCGCUGUACGAGCACGAAGAUGUCACCCAAGUCUCAAGCAAGAUGCAGCCUGGAGAUAAAGUCGGCAAAUGGACAGUUGAAGAUGUUGAAUUGGAGUAA